AUGCUGAUCCACGAUGCCGAGAAUGGCCACAGUAACAACAACCCUUCAACAUGCCAAAUAAUCUGGCCCAAACCGCCAGGGGCAUUCCAAACGCGCUUCUUCCAUGUCGGCCGACCGGCUGAUCUCGAAGGCGAAAAUAGGUUCGAGCUAUUGCUCGUCAAGCUGUUCAGCGACUACAAUGUCGUCUGGGGCAGCCACAUUGAGAGGCUUUGCAAACAGGAGAUACGCGCCAAUCCAGCGCGGCCGAAGACUGCAUUCAGCUUCAGCACAGCAGCAGAUCAUCAAGAACAAAGACGGAACCGAAACCAUAAUCACGUACUCGAUCCGCGAAGAUGGCAAGAAGGUCUAGACCACCAUCAAGAAGACGGUCAUCAAGAGAGUGGCUCUUCGAGACGAGUGCUGCUGAGGUUUCAGCAUCAAGGAGUGCCAGUACCCCAGAUCUCACAGCGGUUGAUCAAGCUGUGCACGAAGGGAAAAAGUGCAUUGGCGCGAGUAUCCACACCAUGUUCCUGUGGGUGCUUUCUGCCCACAACAAAGGCCAAGUCCCGCCUUUCCGCCGAGUUGUUCGAGAUGGACGGCGUUGUCGAUACGCUCUACCAGAUUCUUACGGGCGUUUCGCUUCUCGCCGGCACCGAGGAUGAGGCGGAAAAUAUAUAUACCGUGGUUCGUCUUGCAUGCUGCGGCAGGGGCAAAUGCCUCGAAAACAAGAAGUCGGUUGCUGCGAUCAAGGAAAUGGGAGCGAAGCCACGCCGGGCUGCGGCGUCAAUAUCGAGCGAAUCGACUUAUCGGCAGGGUCAACGUCAACUGCGCUCCCAUCAUUCCCACUUCAUGCUCAAGUCUGACUCUUUGGACGAGAUGCCGGCGGACUAA